AAGUUCCAUUCAUUUAGCGCUCUCGGCUCGUUUCAGUUCUCGGGCAGGUGUCAAGCGACAUACACACGAAACGCCGACGCGGUCACAAUUCCAGAAUAUCAUACAAACGCUAUAUAUGCUAUCGAGUGGCUAAUUAACAUACGCGUUGCGACCCGUCGUCUCUUUACCUGAACCUGAGCUGUCUGUUGUUUUGGACCUACACUCAUCCACAUUUCUUUACGGGGAAGCGAGUACAAAGUCAAAAGUAACAAAAAAAUUUUGAAACAUACAUCGUACAUAUAUGCAAAAACCGAUCUUCAUCAUGCUGGAUCCCAUUUCGGACACACCGCUGGUCUUGGCCUACGUCUUUAUGUCGCUGCUAGUGCUGAUUUUGUGCUUCAUACUGGUCAAUGUGGUCCACAAGCUGUUGUAUCGCAGCUCCAGCAGCGAGUUAUCAUCGGUUCCUAUUGCCUCCGCCUCCGCCGCCCAGCCGCUGAAGACCUCCAUCAUGGAGCUAGACGCCAUGAAAACCGGUUAGGAUGGAUGGGGUGCAGCGCAGCUGGCUGCGAGAGAAGACUGGUGGCGAGAAUCUCAGUCGGAUGUCGGAGCUCCGGUUUUAAUUCGGGCGAUUGGAGCGAAGCACGAGAAACGCCAGCUGCAAACCACCCACUCGCACGAGCCACAAAAUCUAGACGCCUGUUGAUAUACAUAUAGUAUAUAGAAACAUAAAUGCACGAAACUAGGCUUACGAGUAGAAAUUAACUACAUUUAACGCGCUGGUCCUCUAGUCAAUUAAUUGUUCGUUUGUUUGCCCUAAGGUUAGGUUACAUGUACAUUGAUAUUGUAAAUAAAGUAACUUGAACGAUA